UUUUUUUUUUUUUUUCCUGUUUCUUUUUUUUUUUUUCGCCGUGCGUGGAAUAAAGCUGCUGGAUCGUUUUUGUCUGCCUAAACCAGCUGUGCUUGCGACGGGGACGGGUCCGUUGAAUGAGAGUCUGGUGAACCAUGGCUUCGGUGUUUAUGUGCGGGGUGGAAGACAUGCUGUGCAACGGGAGCCGCUUUGUGUGGAACUUGACUGCGUCUACGAUGAGGAGGUGGUACACGCACAGGGCCAGGGCAUGCCAGCUGGUGCUGAGGACUUGGUGUGGCCUCAGGGAGGUCUAUCAGAUGGCCGAAGGCCGGCAUUGCAAGGUGCACCUCCUGGAUGACCGCAGUAUAUAUUUCUUGUCACAGCCAAAACUCCUCUCACAUGAAUUGUUGGAUCUUGUCGCUUCCCACUUCAAUCUGAAAGAGAAGGAGUAUUUUGGGAUCUCAUUUCUGGAUGACACAGGGCAAUACUCCUGGCUACAGAUGGAACAGAGAGUGCUUGACCAUGACUUGCCAAAGAAACCGGGUGCGGUAACGCUUUACUUUGUGGUAAGGUUUUACAUUGAAAGUAUAACGUUUCUGAAGGAGGUCACAACUGUUGAAUUGUUCUUCCUGAAUGCCAAGGCCUGCGUGUUCAAGGGGCAGAUAGACGUGGACAGCGAGGCCGUCUUCAAAUUGGCUGCGCUCAUCCUGCAGGAAGCUCGAGGAGACUACAGCAGUGAUGAAAAUGCACGAAAAGAUCUGAAGGUCCUGCCAGCUCUUCCCACCAGAACUCUGCAGGAGCACCCAUCAAUUACCUACUGUGAAGAUCGAGUGAUAGAACAUUUCAAAAAACUAAAAGGAGUCACCAGAGGCCUAGCAAUAGUCCGGUACAUGAAAAUAGUGGAAGCUUUGCCCACAUAUGGUGUUCAUUACUAUAAAGUAAAGGACAAGCAAGGAAUCCCCUGGUGGUUGGGAAUUAGCUUCAAGGGAAUUGGACAGUACGACAUCCAGGACAAAAUAAAGCCAAGAAAUCUAUUUCAGUGGAAGCAGCUGGAGAAUUUGUACUUUAGAGAGAAGAAAUUUGCAGUGGAAGUUCACGAUCCCCGCAGAAUAUCUGUGUCAAGGCGAACCUUUGGACAGAGCAGUUUUGUAGUUCAGACCUGGUAUGCCAGCAAUUCUCUGAUCAAGUCCAUAUGGGUGAUGGCAAUUAGUCAACAUCAAUUCUACCUGGACAGAAAACAGAGCAAAGCAAAAAUCCCAACCGCUCGCAGUCUGGACGAACUUGCUAUGGACCUGACAGAAAGCAGCAUGAGCAGAAUUUCCAAAAUGGUAGAUGGAAAAAACCCGGUGAUCAUGGCCAGCAGCGGUAGCCUGAUCUCUUCAGGUUCAUUGGACUUGGAAGUCAGCGAGGAGCAAAAAGCCGAGAAAAUUCAAGCGUUAAAGAAGAAAGAGAAAGAUUUGCAGGAGGUGCUCCUGAAAAAAAUUGAAGAGCUGAAGAAAAUAUGUAUGCGGGAGGCGGAACUGACUGGGAAACUUCCAUCAGAAUAUCCGCUGAAGCCCGGUGAACCAGCGCCAAAUGUCCGGAGGAGAAUGGGCACCACGUUUAAACUAGAUGACCACAUUCUCCUGAGCGAAGAGGAUUCUGAUUUAAGUAACCUGGAGCACAAAUUCCUCAUCCAGCAGCAAAUGGUGGAAGCUACAAAGAAACUCCUGAUGGAGCCCGACCUGGGCAAGAAUGCCAAAAGGAAAAGGAAGCAGGACUACAGCGACUCCAUCAAAAGGUUACAGGACAUAGAAAGUGCAAUCAAUGAGUACAGAGUGAAGAGUGGGAAGGACCCGACCAAGAGAGCGUCUCUGCUUAUACAAGAUGACAUCAUCCCAUCCGAAAGUAGUUCCUUAUCUGAUACAACCACGUUUGAUGAUGAUGAAGCUCUUUAUCUGCAAGGGCAGAGGUCCUGUUCCCUGCAGAAUUCUCCUAAAAUUCGGCCUCCAAAAUCCAUGGGAGACAGAAGCCUCUCUAGAAAGUCUUCCCUCAAUGAGCAGUUUUCUGAUAUGAGGAUGUCGAGAGAGCCUACGUCAACGCACAGCAGCCCAUACAAGACAGCUGAGCGGAAGUCUCAUGGGGGAAGGAGCGUCCCUUCCACGCCUGUACUAACACGAAACGCCUACAGCAGCAACCAUCUCCAAAAUGAAAGUUUAAGCUACCAAAGCAGGGAGCGCCGCGGCAGUCUGGAGUCGCAUACGCCAUUAAUUGAUUCGAUCGACGGAACCGCCACAUUUUCGAUUUCAAAGAGCCAGAGAAGCAACAGCACGGAGAUCCUAGAUGAUGGGUCCUCUUACACCAGCCAGUCCAGCUCGGAGUACUACAGCACUCCACCAAAACAAAACCACUGCUACACGGCUCAGACCCUGGACAACCGCUCCCGGGAAAAGAGGCGGCACAAAAAGCAGAACUUCUCAGCGGCCAACACAGGUAGCAUGCCGAAUUUGGCACACAAGGACACUCGCAACAGUGUUUACCAAAUAGCCCCAAACCAGCCAUCAUCGAGCUACUACAUCACGGGGUACUGCACCUACCUGGAUAACGAUCCCUAUUACAAUGGAGGAUACAUCUAUGAAAACGAUACGGAGGGACAGUACAGCGUUAAUCCUUCUUAUCGAUCUUCUGCACAUUACGGGUAUGAUCACUAUAGGGACGCGAGGUAUGACGGGGACCAAUUUGUGCCUCAACACCCCUAUGCAACGAUGAGACUCCCACGGAAGAAACCGGCGGCAAAGACUACCGAGCAGAUCACAAAGAACAUUCACAAGGCUAUUGUGGCCGAGCAUUUGAGGGGUUGGUACCAGCGGGCGUCUGGUCACAAUGAACAAACUCCCAGACUACAGGGAAUGGUGGAAUCUGACCGGGGCUCACAGAGGAGCCUGUCCUAUGCUUCUAUGCAAGUCCCCUCUUCUCCCAGCGCCCGUGUGCCAUCUUGUUCCUCUGUGUCUUCCACGAGCACCUCGGGGAGUCGGCGGGCACAUAACAGCACAAUGGCAUACCCAGAAUACAACACCAUAUCUCACCCGCAGUACACCGGCUACUCCACGGCAUACAGCAGCAUACCUCUGCCGAGCAGGAGUUUCAUUGCUUAUCCUUCCCAGCAGGACGACCCAGAAAUCUGCCCUCUACCCAGCGACCCCCCGCCCCCCGACCAAGACAUCUUGUGGCAUGAAGAUUCCAAACCCGGCACCUUAGUUUGAAGCGGCCAGUUCUUCAUUCCUCACCUCACGUGCCUUGCACUAAUUGCCAUAUCGUAAGACUUUGCCGGUGCAUCGCCGUUUCACCGACUGCCCAGGUGGCAGAGGUCUGCCAUAAAGAAACGGGCUACUUCCUACUGAUUUUUUUUUUAUUUUUAUCGGCAUGGCACAGUCUGCUGGCUUACAAGCACUUGGAUUUUAUAGUCAAACGUGGAAAGCACUUUGCGGAAGGACCGUGCGCACGAUCGGGACAAAAGUUUAGAACUGUGAAAUUCGGCAGAUAACAACCUG